CUUCUUUCUUUUUUUCUUUCUUCCACAUUCCUGACAGUUGUAUCCCGUCCAGCUUUUCUUGUCCACCGCCAAGAUGGUUGAAAACGUCCUGGAUGACAUCUCACACCGGAGGUUCAAUCCUCUCCGUGGAUCUCAUAUCCUUGUCUCUCCCCACCGCACCAAGCGUCCUUGGCAAGGCCAGCAGGAGGGUCCCUCCAAGACUACCCUCUCCAGCUACGAUCCCGCCUGUUACCUGUGUCCCGGAAACAAGCGCGCUCAAGGCGACUCGAACCCCAAGUACGACAAGACGUUCGUCUUCGUCAACGACUAUAGCGCGGUCAAAGAGGAGCAGGCGCCCUAUAACCCGGAGAAUGCAGACGAAGUGGAAUCGUUCUUCCUCAAGGCCGAGCCCGUGACGGGAAAAUGCUACGUGCUCACCUUCUCCCCGGCCCACAACCUCACCCUGGCGGACCUCACCCCCGCGGAGAUUGUCCCCGUCAUUGACGCCUGGACCGAGAUCUACACCGCGCACCUGUCGCCCAAGUCGCCGCUCGCCGUCGUUGCACCCGCCACGACCCUCCCCCCGAACGCGCCGACCACCAGCCUCGACCAGCCCAAGGAGCAAUACCGGUACAUGCAGAUCUUUGAGAACAAGGGCGCCGCCAUGGGCUGCUCGAACCCGCACCCGCACGGCCAGGUCUGGACCACCAGCUCGCUGCCCGAAGAGCCCGCCAUGGAGCUGGAGCAGCUGCAGAAGUACCGCGCCGCGCACGGCGGCAAGCACAUGCUGGAGGCGUACGCGGCGCUGGAAAGCAAGAAGCAGGAGCGCGUGGUGUUCGAGAACGCCGCGUUCCUCGUCGUCUGUCCCUGGUGGGCCGUGUGGCCGUUCGAGACCAUGAUCGUCAGCAAGCAGCACAAGCGCGCCCUGGUCGAUCUGAACGACACCGAGAAGACGCAGCUGGCUGAGGCUAUCGCCGAGACCACCCGUCGCUACGAUAACCUCUUCGAGACGCACUUUCCUUACAGCAUGGGCAUCCACCAGGCGCCGCUUGAUGGUACUGAGGAGGAGAUCGAGUCGUCUUAUUUGCAUCUGCACUUUUAUCCCCCGUUGCUGCGCAGCGCCACGGUGCGGAAGUUCCUGGUUGGGUAUGAGAUGAUGGGCGAGCCCCAGCGUGACAUCACGCCCGAGCAGGCGGCCGCCAGACUACGGGCCUGUGGAGGAGAGCUGUACCGCAAGAAGAUGAACCACUGAUGGAUUGCGGCGUCGUCUGUUGACGCGAGAAGGGAGAGAACUUGUAUCUGAUUAUACCAACCUUUUCUCUUCAUUGUAUAUCUUCUCCGCCCAGAGAUACGUAGCCAUUCAACAAGGAAUAAGCAAGAAACACAACAC